GUGUAUUUUAAAUCAUAUUAGGUUUACUGGUAUAGAUUUGUGAAUGUCCACUUCAGGUACACGCGGGACAGAGACUUUAUUUGUGCUGCACCGCCGACAGUGAUUCAUGUUUUGACGUGAUUCUAAUUUUGUGACCAAUGUUUUCACAACCGGUGUAUGACAGUAAAUUAACGAAUGAAGAUAAGUGUAUAACUAAAAAUUUACGCCAUGGAUGAAAGUGAAGUAAAACCAAGCAGCGGCACUGAAGACGUUGAUCAAAGCGAGGAGGAGAAUCAGAAUGAUUUGGAGGAAUUAUCAGAGCUGAGUGGUGGAAAUGGAUGGAGAAUCCCUGAUGAAGACUCCACAGGAAGUACAGCUCAUGAAGAGGCAGAUUCUGUAACAAGCAGAGAUGGCUCUCAGAAAGUGUUUGAGAGCAUGUUCACUGAUAGUGAUGGAGGAAGCACCAUCAAAAUGAAUGAACAGUGUCACUCAGAUGCAACUCAGACAGGAGAGAAUGAGCCCACAGCAGGUGGUCAUUCACCAGAAGUAAAGGAGGAGCAAAGAUCUUCUUCUAUUGACCCUAACAGCAAAAUAACUGUCCAGUCAGACGGUGCUGUUAUGGAGAAAGACCAGCUUAUUGUAACAGAGAGAGAACUAAAUGAAGAAGAUGGGAUGAGUGACACUAGUGAUGUUGUGAACAAUAAUGACAUACAGAGCCCCAGGGAGAUAUCACCAGAAGAACAGGCAGCCAGGUUGGAGAAAAUGCCACCUUCCAACAAAUUUAAGACAGUGGCCAGCUCAGGUAGUUUGUUCAGUGAGGAUGGGUAUCAGACAUUUCCAGGGGCUGAUCAGAGCCGGGAAUUGUUGAAGCGUGAGGUGUACGGUCGAGAGGAGGACAGCGACAGUGAGGCAGUGAGUUCCUGUACAGACACUAGUCAUCUAGCUCAACUCAUUGUCGAUCAUGUACUGGAUAAUGUGGUAGGAUCAAUUCAAGAUGAGAGUGAUUCUGACACACCUGUGAAAGAACUACUAGAGAAACUGGAGCAUGAUGCUGAGAUGGAGGAGGAGCUGGAUUACAUGGAUCAGGGAGGAGAAGAUCAGGUCACAGAGGACAAAGAGUAUGCAUCAAAGAUGGAGCUGGAAUCUGAUCUGAAGCCAGAUGAGGAUGACAUGACUGACUUCCAGCUGGAUGAACCACAGCCAGCAGAGGAAGAAUGUAUGGAGGAGAAUGAUGAUAGAGUGAAAGAUGGAGGUGAUGAAGAAAUAGAAAGUAAACUGGAGGAGGACAACACUGUGUUUGACACAAGGGGAGGAGGAGCAUAUAAGGUGGAUCCUCAGUUACCUAUGGAGAGGAGUGUACCAGAUGUCCUCGAAAGUCCUAAAACAGAGGAGACAAUGGAGAAUAAGAUUCUCGAAAAUGGAAGACAAGUUAGACUCAUGAAAUCAAAAGACAGUGGAGUUUCAAUGAGUUAUGCUAGUGAAAGUGACAAAAUUCUACAAUCUAGGAGUAUAGGUGCCACAAGUACAGGCAGUGAAAUAGACAAAGUCAAUGAAACAGUUCCUGAGCGGAGUAGAGAACCAGAGAGAGUCUCGUCAGACUUGGUACAGGAGUAUGACACACAGAGACCCAUAGAACAAACAGAAGAGAGAGGAGCAGAAAAACCAUAUGAAAUCUCAUCAUCAUUCAAAGAACUUAUUCCUGAGGAUAUCACAAGGGACUCUGUUAAAAGUGAUGCUUCAGAAAGUGUUGUAUAUCCCAAAGACACUGCUAGUCUGGCUUACACAACCGUGUCAUCUCCAGGGUACAUUGAACCUUCAUCUAUAAACCCAGACCAAUCCUCAUUGUCAGUUAGAUCCCAGAAAAUUGAUUCAGUUUCAUAUGAUAGAAACAGUUCACCUGCUAGAGCUGUGCAGACUCCUCCAAGAAUGGUGCUCAGAACCAAGAAAGAAUUUGUUGUUGAAGAAAACCGUCCAGAACGAGAUGCAAAUCCAGAUUUUAGGAGUCGGGAUCAGCAAAAUCAGAGAGAGGUUGAGAUGCUCAGGGAACAAAUGAUAUUGGACAAAGUGAGAAAGGACAUGGCAGCCAAAGAGAGAGAGAUGAGGAGACAGAUAGACAGAGAGAUGAAUGAAAGAAUGGAAAGAGCAAGACUGGAACAGGAAUUGUUGUCAACAGGAGGAGAGUACUACAGGAGUGAGAAUGACCUAUCACACAGUACCCACAAUAGAACCAGUGAACUGGAUACCUCUGAGUCAUCAAGGUUAAAGUACACAGACAAAGUGUCAUCUAGAUCCCCGGUAAGUGCUGCAUCACUGAGCAUGUCGGUGAGGGGUUCUUCUGAUGUAGGCAUGUCGGAGGAUGACCUCAUUAGGAGGUACCAGAGAGAGCUGUCACGCUCAGAACAGAGAGAGCUGUCACGCUCAGAACAGAGAGAGCAGAGACAGUAUGACGUCAGUGGAAUAGACACAUACGCCACUCUGCAGAACCCACGGGGCCAACAUGACAGUCUGUCGUCUGAGGAGCAGCAUCGAUUGGAGGGAAUGUCUUAUGCAGAUAUGAGUCAACAUGACAGUGCAGUGCCAGCAAGCAUUUACUCUAGCUAUAACAUCCCACCUCCUCAAUAUAAUGUGUCCACAUCGUUUGGAGCUCAAAACUCGAGCCACACUUCAUCAGAUUUAGAAGCUCCUCCCCCUAAAUCUGGGUCUGUGCCUCCAUUCAAGACACUUCAUGAACAGCAGAUGGGUUGGAUGAGGAUGUUUAAGACAAUUGAGGAGCAACACCACAAUGAGUUGAAAAAUCAGUAUCGGCAGCAUCAAGAAACCAUCUUCUCCAUGCAGCACCAUUUAGAAAGUGAACUGUUAAACCAGCAACAGAUACUCAAACAGAGGUUGUCUGCCCAUAAGGAAGCUCUUUCACAAAGUGUUAGUCCAAUUAAACCAAGUCAAGAUAGGAGACUUGAUCACAGUGAACUUGCCAAUGCUAGUCAGAUGUUAGAAAGCACCAGGUUAGGGACAGAAAACUCUUACAAAAAGCCCUCCCAAAAAUCUUCCCCAAGAUCCAGACCACUGGACCGCUCACCUGCUAUGGAGAGGCACUCCACUCCUCCCUGGAAAGAAAUUUACAGAGAGAUUCGUGGGAAAGGAAUCGACAGUGACAGGGAGACGGAAGAUAAUGAAGAGGAGACAACUCCAGUCAGACGGUCCCUAGAGGAAGAUUUCAUGUCUCCCUCAUCCACACUGAGGCAGCCGCCGGUGGAGGAAGUCGGGCCUCCACCAAGGAAAUCUUACAAUCCACCCCCCAGUGAGUUUCCCAGGGGUGGGGUAUUUAGCAGUCCCAUGCCUAUUCUCAGGAAAGCUAAUGUGUCUCAGAGUUCAUCCAAAAGUAGGAGUCCCAGACAACCUGAUAGGAGUUCACCCAGAGUUGCCAUUGGGGAUGACCUUUCACACAGAGAUGACAGCAGAUUAUUGGACAGUCGGUCACGAGAGAGUUCAGCUGAUGCUCCUGUAGACAGCUUGACAUCAGAAGAGUUCUCAUCACAAAGAGCAAAUCUUCGAGAGAAACAUGCCAAGCACUUGUCGGAUCUGAGGGAGUAUUACGAACAAGAGAUUCUUGAAUUACGGGGAGCGUUAUCACGAUCUGAUGACAUCACCAACAGGUCACCAUUCAAGCGUGUCGCCAGUGAGAACCAGGCUCUGAUUACUGAGAACCAUUCUCUGAAGCAUGCUAAUGAAGAGAUGGAGAGCCAGCUCAAUGUACUACUCAGAGAGAAGAGAGAGCUGGAACAAAAGGUUCAUGGUCUUGAAAGACGGGCCAGUGAAUAUGCGGACCAUUACAAGGAAGCUCAGGAUAAGAUCUCUACUUUCCGUAACAAAGUGGAGGAACUUCAGUACCAGAACCGGACUCUAGAGGACCAGAACCAGCAUCUGGAGUGUCAGAUAAAGAACCAGACGGAGGCCAUUAAACAUUACAAAAAAACUCAAGAUGAACAAAUAGAAAUGUUGCAGAAAGACAGGAAUGCAUAUCACAAGCUUGUUGAUAAAUAUGAGAGUUUGGAGAGGGAAUUCAAUGUCUUGAAGGAAUCCUUCAAUGUGACAGAAAACAAACUGUAUGAUGCUCGCUCAGAGGUUGUGGAAUUGAACAGAACUGUAUCAAAGCUAGAGCUGGAGAAUAAGAGACUGGGGAGAGAGAAUGAUAACCUAAGACACAAGCUGACACAGAGUGCUAAUGCUGUAUCAAUACAGGGACAUUUUGAUGAAUCUUACGGCAGCCCUGGCCGACUUCAUCAUCCAUCUCCAGACAGAGACACUAGCCAUCGGACACCGUAUGGUACGUCAGCAGAUGAAACAGAGAUCCCGGUUACACACUCUCGCAGCAGAAGUCAGGAGAUUCCCUUACGGACUUUAGCAGAGGACAGAGAGGUCAGGUCACAGGGUCGUGAUCGCAGCAUCAGCUCAGAGAGAAAUACAGAAUGUAGAGUGAGGGAAGGUAGCAGGGAACGUCGACCAAAAAAUACCUGUAACACUUACGCUGAAGUCGAGGAGAUGGAAAAAUCUCGACAGAGACCGAAAUCUGCCCCGGAUUCCAGAAGCACCCCAGACAGUAGAGGAAGUCCUGGGGUUGAGCAGACCUCCCCAGUGCUGAGGGCUGAGAGAGAACUGUAUAAACUCCGAGAGAUCAUGAGACAGGCUGACAAAGCUGUCGAGUCUUCAUCUCCUCCACAGCCAAAACUUCAGAAAAAAUUCUAUGGCAGUGAGUCAAGGCUCUCUGUUAAUAGAUCUGAUUCUGGUUCCUCAGUUAGUAAAUCAGACUCAUCUACCAGUCCCAAAAUCAGGAAAAAUAAAUCAGUUAGCACGUCUUCAGUAAGGUCUCAGAAAGUAAGGUCAUCCAAAUCAUCAAGAUAUCCAGAAUCUAAUUCCAUGUCAACACCAUCAAAAGCAAAAUUUGAGACAAGCCCUAGUGAAUUUGACAGUCCAACACGAUUUGAUGUGAGGGCUGGGGAGAGGUCUUCAAGUAGUCGACAGUAUAGUGAUUCUACGCCCACUCGAGACACUGGGUUCAAAGCUCGACAGAACUCUGUACACAAGGAUAAAAGAAAUGGGGAGGUCAGAGGCAGCAAAGGAAGCAGGGACAGAAACUCACUAAAAGCAGAGAAAGACCCCCCUGUUCCAAAUGGAACUGUAGAAAGCACACUACAUAGAGUGAAGGAGGGGGACUUUGUGUCAAGGCCAGAAUGGGAGGAUAUCUACACAUCCAUGGCCAAGCCCAAGCCAGACUCCAAAAUCAUGCCAAUUAAACAAACUGUGAAGAAUCACCUGAGUACCAUACCAGAUCUGGAGGCUAGAUAUGAUGAAUUACAAACAGAGAAAAAAACUCUUGAAUCCCAGCUCAGCAGGGUGCCAUCACAUGGAAAGGGGAGACAACAAAAGGAAACUAUAGAGGAGAAGCUGGAUGAAGUCGAGAAGGAGCUCGGCUCGGUGCGGAUGUCACUGAAGAGAUACCACGUGUUGAAGACUUCUAUAUAAUCAGAAGGAUUCAGAAUUCAUACGGGUGUUACUGUAAAAAUAUUAUGCUAAACUUUGAGUAAGUUACUGGAGAGGUACUGUGUCAUGAAAUAUAAGAAGGAAUUUAACUGUCAGUCUGCUGUAGUCAAUAAUGGAACAGAAACGCUGUACCUCAGUCCAGUAGUACAUCUGUACCAAAAGUGUUCCCGUCUAUAAUGCCAGUGCCCAGUAUAAAUGUCUGGAGGUCUUCUGACCAGUAUUCAAUAUACACCAGGGAGUUCUAUGUAUUCAUCUGUUUUUGAUUUGCUAUGGUUGUUCGUGUUUGCUGGUGUUGGGGAAAUCAUUUGUUGAGGAAAUUUGUUACUGUCUGUUUAGGUAAAACUUGUUGUUAAACUUUUUGAUUUUAUAUGUAAAAAUUACUAAUGAUAAGUGUUUGAUUAAUGGGUAAAACUGGGCCCUAUGAUGAGUAUUCACAAAAUGACAUAAAAUGUGUGUGUAUAUGAUUCUCACUGAUGUCAUAUAUUAGUGGAAUCUGUUCCAUACAUGGUCAUAUACAUAGUGGAUGUAAUUUUGCCAGUUGAAGCUAUAUUUUAUCAUUAGUAGAGUUUUUAUAUUAUUAAUAGUUACUAUAGAGCUCUAUCACAUGACACUAAGGAAGGGGAGACAAUUGUAUGAUAUACAGUAUUAUAUAAUCCUGUCUUUUAUUGUGAGAUGUACAAGUAUUCAGUUUCUUUUUAUAGGUCAUUUAGUCUAGUCCAGAUUUGUUAUUUAUUAUUUUGUUUUAUCAGCACAGUAAAUAGAAGACUUUAAUUAAAUGUAGAACACACAUGUGCUAAAUUAUUCUAAAACUACGAUAGCCUUUUUUUGAAUUGUUAGAUUUAUUUUUGAUGCACACUUCAAGCAUGUUAAAAAUGGUUGCUAUCUAAUAGAUAUUUAAAACUUUAUUUUAUUUAAAUUAGAAAACAUAGUAAACACCUAUUUACUGGCUAUGAGGACAAUAGCAAGUUUAUUGCCCCCAAGACAGCAACUAUUUCACAAGGUGCAGCCAGGGAAAAAGUAACUAUCAAGGAGGACAAUAGACUUGCUAUAACUGUCGGAAUAGUCAGUAAAUAGGUGCAUUAUUAUAUUGAAGCAGUUAUGUCAAGAUUGGGAUAAAACUGCAAAGUUCCAAUAUGAAAUGGGGGGGGGGGGGGGAAAUGAAUGCUGUGUGUGAAUAGUUCGACGACUAUUUCACCAUGGGCAAAUACAGGUAGAACAAAAAUAUUUCACAGUAUAGACUGUUAAGAAAAAUAUAGCUGCAGGUUUAUUUGUCAUAUUUCUAUAUAGAAAUAGAUAUACAGAGGUUUAAAAAUAAUUUCUAUUUAUUUAAUAAACCCAAAAUAAAUAUGCAAAAGAGUCUAUCUUGAAUAUGUUUUAUUUUAAGCAAUGGAUUCUUAAAAGUUCAUUAAGUUCUUUAAGCUAAAUUGAUUAUUUUCCAAAAAGUUGUCGAAAUGGCAAAACCAUUUUCCAAAAGAAAUGGCAAAACAAUCCAAAGGUACCCCCUAAAGUUUUGGGGCUAAAAUUUUUUUUUGAAUUAUUCUUGAAGACAUGAAAUAUGACAUUAGUAUGAUCAUUGCCAUCGUAUGUUAUUCAGCUUGUAUUGUUUUUUUUUUGUUUUUGUAUGACACCAUUUUCAUAGAAGAAAUGUUUUAUUUUUUGUUAUUUAUACACCACAUGCUUCUUACAAAUCAUUCCAAACCGUCCAGACUUAAUUAUUGUAUGUUGACAACAAUUGGACCAUUGUAGUCAGUAUUUUUCUUAUCUGCACAUAUUUACUAGAUAUAGACAAGAAGCUAGAUUACACAGGGAAUCAGAUUUUUCUUAAUUCACUCAUUGUGAACAAGCAGAUGAUAUUCUGAAUGGCACCAAAUAUUUUACUCACAUCUCUAUAAAAUUUAUGUACUAUGUACCAUUUUCUAGAUAUAAAUUAAAUCACAUUGUCUGGUUGGUGAAUCAA